UAUCUGCCGUUGUGUCGCUGACGGACGAUCUGGCUUGCGGUUAACCCGCUAUUUACGUUAAAAAUAGUCAAAUUCUUUGCAAACGAAGACCUAUUUUUUAUUCUUUGUAAUCUUUUAUAUUAACCAACAAAAUUGCUUCCACAAUGACAGUGACGCGGGUCGCGGAGUCCCGCACCGAAUUCAAAUUGAAGAGUUUACCUGAUGAUGCUAUAUCGAGCGUUAAAUUUGCUCCGAAAUCCAAUCAGUUCUUGCUGGUAUCGUCAUGGGACUGUUCCGUGAGGCUAUAUGAUGUUACAUCGAAUACGGAGCGCCAUAAGUACAACCAUGAACUGCCCGUCUUGGACGUCUGCUUUCGGGAUGCAGUUCAUACAUACAGCGGUGGUUUGGACCAGACCCUCAAAAUGUACGAUCUAAACGCAAGUAUGGAGACGGUGCUCGGUGACCAUAAAGGAGCCAUUCGCUGUGUGGAGUUUGCCUCGGAAGUGAAUGCCGUCCUCACUGGAAGCUGGGACGGUACUGUCAAGAUGUGGGACAGCCGUGUACCAAAUUGUGUUGGAACUUACAAUCAAGGAAAUGAGAGGGUAUACACAAUGAGCAUAGUUGGCGAAAAAUUCGUGGUAGGCACAUCAGGUCGCAAGAUCUUCGUAUGGGAUGUAAGAAACAUGGGCCACGUCAACCAGAGACGUGAAUCAUCCCUCAAGUACCAAACGAGAUGCAUCCGAGUAUUCCCUAACAAGCAGGGCUAUGUCCUCAGUUCUAUUGAAGGCAGGGUUGCUGUGGAGUACCUUGACAGUAAUCCAGAAGUACAGAAGAAGAAGUAUGCAUUUAAGUGUCAUCGGAUCAAGGAUGGUGGUCUAGAAAAAAUCUUCCCAGUGAAUGCAAUAAGCUUCCAUUCAGUGUACAACACAUUUGCAACAGGCGGUUCCGAUGGCUAUGUAAACAUCUGGGACGGUUUCAACAAGAAGAGAUUGUGUCAAUUCCAUCGAUACAACACCGCCGUCUCCUCGCUAAGUUUCUCUCACGACGGAUCAGCUUUAGCCAUCGCUUGCUCCCAGCUAGAUGAGACACAAAUUGAGGACCCUAAACCGGAAGAUACCAUCUACAUAAGAUACGUUACGGAUCAAGAAACCAAGCCUAAAUGAGAAGUGGAAUAUGCCCGGUCGAUCUGUUAAAUAAUGGCUGUUUUUCUGAGUGUGUGUAGUUUUUAGAUGUGUGUGAAAUUGGUCUCCUGAACUUUGACUGAUGAUUUUAACGAAUGAUUUAUUUCUGUGUUGAGGAGCUAGAGUUUACAUGAUUGAUAUGGUUUUUAUAGAAUCAAUUGCCAGAUUAAUUCCUCUACAGUAAUUUUGUUGCCAUGCUUAAAUUGAGAAUGAUUUGUUAUUUCAUGAUAUGGAUUUUAUCUUGUGUUCAUCUAAAUAAGCUUUAUGAACUAUUGCAUUUCAUAAUUAUGAAUUUUCUUGAAACAUUGUCCUUUUAUGAGUAACUUGACAUAUUUGUUUACUGGGAUAAAAUAUUGCCAACAGUGAAAGAAUUUUACAAGAACGUUAGGGUACAAACAAACAAAAAAAAGUUUCCUCUUCAUUACAUUAGUUUAGAUAACUGUCUGAAUAUCGUGAAGGAAUGUUGAUGGAUUUGUAAAUACCAAUUUUGUUCAGUGAAACACUAGAUUGAAGCCGUGACUGACCAGACGCCGGGCGAUAAGAUCUUGUGACCGAACCUCACAGUUCAAUUAGGGUAAAUUUAAGUUUUAAGUGAUCAAUAAAAACUAAUUAAGUUUUAUAAAA